AUGGUGAAUCGAUUUUGUCCGAGGCCUGGUGUUUCGAAACUGAUGCCAUUUCGCUCCAGACUGUUCUGUCGUCUGGUGAUGAAGCCAUAUCCGAAUGGAAUCCAGGUGGCGCUGGUGGCUGACGCUGUGUACCUGUAUCUGGUGGCUCUGGACAACUGUAUCCUUAACGAUGGACUGUGUACCCGUGGGAGUGACAUUGCCAAUUACCUCUAUGGAAUUGAGAGAGAAGGUGUCGCGGGAAACCUGGUAGUAAACAAAGAUGGUAGUCGUCACAUUGGUUAUAUGCUUCACAACAUCCGCGGAAACAACUACGCGCCUAUCGCCAGAAGUAAAGCCGGUGGUACGGGCUUUGAAAUGAUAGGCAACUACAAAGAAAUCGUCUGGCCUGGAGGAGGCAGUGUAGUACCGAAGUCAGAACCUCAGUGUGGUUGGGAUGAUGAACUUUGUAUAAGACAGAGAACAACUAUUCUUAUUGGAUCCUUGGUGGCAACAGUUGUGUCCCUUGGUAUUAUUGCAGGCGUUGGCUACAUCUUUUGGAAACGAAAGCUGACCAUGAUGAGGUUGGAAAGAGAGGAGUGGAGGGUCAACAAAAGCGCUUUAACCUCAAUUGCUGUACAGAAGUCCAUGCACAGCCUUAAGUCGGCGCUUAGUACCAGUAAGUCAGAUUCCACGUGCUCCAGACAGGACGAAAAGCGUAAUGACUCGCUGUAUUCCGGUGACAAGAACGUCGCCAACGCCAACCUCUCAGAGCAGUCGACACUGAUGAUGUACGACAACCAGAAAGUGGUCCUCAAGUCCGUCGCCAGACACUACAUCCCGGUAACCAAGGAAGUCAUCAUAGAGAUCAACGCAGUAAGUAACUGGAUGACGUCAAUCUGGCGAAGCCAGUCUACACUAAUUUACACUUAUAAGGGGCGGGACUUAGCAAUGAUACGUCUGCUGCAGCACCCGAACGUGAACGUGUUGAUAGGCGGCUUCACGGAGCCAAGCAAUAAUGGACUGGUGUGGAACUACUGUCAGAGAGGAAGUCUGCACGACGUCUUACUGGACGAGGACAUCAAACUAGACUGGGUCUUCAACAUCUCGUUCGCCACCGAAAUAUCACGGAAAAUGACAUCAUUACGGAACAUAGAGGAUAUUAUUGAUCAAAGAACAUGA